GCCCAGAUUAAAUGGAAGAUAAUGGCUGGAUGCAUACAGGACCUGAGUGUAUCCAGCUGUUUGUCAGCCUACACACCACAUAGCGACAGUCAACAUAAACAAGUGGACAGCGUCCCUGGCGCUGACCCAUGGCUCCUCCAGCUGUGACUCACAGUGUUUGCUGUAUCAUUCUCACCGUCUUUGCUGUUUGUUGUUGACAUCUUUAUGUGACACUGUCUCAUGACCAGUGGGUGUCCAGUUUUUGGCACUGACCAGCCUCCAUAGUUUCGGCAGUUCUUUGACUUGAGCGCCAUCCUCCUGCCAGCUCCUCUGCUGCCUGUGCUCUCUGACUCCUCUCACACUCAGACUCCACAGUGAGUGGGCAGAGACAUCAUGGAGGCCCUCCUCUGUGCUCAGAAGUCCUCCCCUUCCAUUCCCUCUGACCUGCUCUGUACUCAAGCAGCAUGCAGGCAGCCUUCCCAUCACAUGGCCCCGUAGCAGCCGCAGCAGCAGCAGCAGCCUCAGCUCGUGCCGCCGCUGCCUGCCCUGCCAUCACUCCAACACUCGCCUCCACCUGCAGGACACCGGGAGCAGCAGCUCUGACUUUAAGGACUUGUGAACAAAAGUAAAGAGUCAAGCUCCUGGAUGCCUUUUGGCUUGUGGGGAGUCUUUUUCCAUAGGUGCCAUCACCUGGACUGGCUCUCAUCUGUGGUGGAAAAUCAGACUGGAAAGUUUGAGAGAGGACAGAAGUGAAUUUCUUUCUGUUACUUUAUCUUUUUCCACGUGGGACAGACGUUGCUGUGGGGGAGUAAGUUUCCCAUUAACUCGUCCUCUUCUUCCCCUUGCCCCCCUUUUGUUUUGGUGUGUUUCAUUUCAGCUUUGUUGUGGCUUAACUGGGAAUUUGCUGUGAAACAUGCUGGCUGUGCAGCUGUCUCGUCUCGCCUGCAGAGCCUGACGUGAAUGAGGGUUAAUCGUUUCAACCACUGGGGCUCAGUUAGAGCGACAUCGAGCUGUCCAGGUAUAAAUCAGUGCACCUUCAGCUCAGGCUGCUGCUGUGUUUGUCUCUACAGAAAGAUGUUGUGCUCCAGGAGAAUCCUGCAGCAGUGGUGCUUGGCUCUGUUCCUGCUCUGCUCUCCGGUGCCACACUACGGACGGCCGAUUGAUGCCCUGAGCAGCAGAAUAAAACGCUCUGUGACUCACGCUCAGCUGAUGCACGACAAAGGUCGGACACUGCAGGACUUUAAGCGUCGCAUGUGGCUGCAGGAGCUUUUGGACGAAGUCCACACGGCGGAGAUCCGUGACUUUCCUGUCCGGACCACAAGCGGAGGAGGGAGCAGCAGCGGCGCUGGCGUCGGGCUCUCAGGGGUUGGACUGGGAAACAACCUGAGCACCACCGGCAGCACCCAGCACUCCAAACCCCCUGGAGGGAGCAAAGACCUCCCCAUCACCUUCAGGGUGGAAGAGGAGGAGGGUACCAACCUACCACAGGAGACCAACAAGUCAGAGACAUACAACGGCAGCGUCCUCAAAGCACCAGGCAAGAAGAAGAAAAAAGGCAGGGGCGGGAAGAGGAGGGAGGGAGAGAAGAGGAAGAGGAGGGUGCGCUCACUGGAGAGGAGGCUGGAGGAUGAACUGGGGAGUGGACUCCCCCUGGAGUGGAGGUCUCUGCUUGGCCUUCAGAGGGCGCUGCUUUAAAACGCCGUCAGUCUCUGACAAAGAAACCCACGGACAGCUGGAGUGGACUCCUAAAUACUCCUGUUACAGUCCUCUGUAAUAGUGAUUGUUUGGAAAGAAAUUGGAAAAUAUUUAUUGUCUGUAAAUAUUCUAAAUAUAGCGGAAUAGAUGGCAGAGUGUGAUUCAAAAAACUGAUGUGAUGCUCUGUAGGGCGACAGAUUUCCAUCUUUGUGCUUUUUUUUUUUUUAUUCCAAUCAUGUCAGAUU